UUCGAAUGUCCAGGUGACCUGUGACCUUACCCAAAUAGAUUCGCCUGCGGAUCGUAGUGCUUCGCCGCUCGCAACGCCAUUUGCAACCAUCUGACAUGCUGCUUCGUGAUUCAAGCAACUUGCUUCAGUCUGUCAUGGAUUCACCUCGCAUAGCGCUGACUGGUAACGAGUGGAAUUGGAGAUUCGCGAGCCUCGCAAGUCGAGAGGCGUUGCAAUAUUUACGUGAUGUUCAGAAGAAUGAUCCAGCUGGAUGGACGAGGAUUGCUACUGCUCAGUACAAGACUGUCAGCGUUGACCAGGCAACAAACUCCGAGUCAGAGAACGAGGCCACUGAUACUACCGGAGCCGAAUCCCCCUUUGACGAUGCUAGUGAGCAUGACCUCGAUGCCAGUGACGUGCCAAUGGAUGCACUCCUUGAUCAUAUGGCUUCCGGGGGUGAACACGUCCGUUCUGACUGCCGUAUCGAUGCAGAUGGCGGACUUCUGUGUUCAAACCACUCCGAAGUCUAUGAUGUGGGUGACAUUACUGCCAAAGAUGUGGAGAGUGGCUCAAAUAGUGUUCCGAAGGUUGAUUACGGGCGUGGAAAGCGUAGACGCAUCGCAAAUUCGAUUCAAGCGUUUAAUCACAAUAUUUGCCCAGCUUUUUUCUUAUCUGAAAAUAUGUCCGAGUCACCCACAACGGAGGAGUUUGUCAACACUCUCGACAAGCUUAAUAUUCUUCUCACCAACCUACCUUCCCAGCUUCCCUUGGCUGAUAAUUACUAUGACUCCCAGUACCCCUCCUUUCUACAAUUUUCCUUGGAUCCUGAUAUACUUGAGAAGACUGGUGAUGAGGUAGCGACUCUAGGUGAACAACUGGAGUCUGUCUUUGGCUGGAAGGCUCGGACUUCAGGUGAUGGUGUUAUUCCAAUCCUAGAAUGUGGAAAAGCAAUAUGUGCCUUGCAUGGUAUCUUGAUGCUAUAUUACAAAAAAUACCCUACAAACAAUGUGCUCAAAAAGUGGGUCCAUGACAUCACUGCUGGAGCAGAGAAAGUUUACGAGAUGUAUGGUGUCCCUAUUCCAGAGUGCUCAAAAGAGCCUGUAAGGCAACAGGGUACCAAACGUCCAGCACCAGAUGUCACUAUCACGCACUCACAAAGCACUGGCAGUAAGGCUGCCACGAUGGUGACCGACGAUGGAGAUGCAGAUUGGAAUUAUUAG